GCGAAGAUCAUAUCACAUUCAAGCAUGUCUAGGGAAAGAUGAUAAAUUGCAGAAGCGGAUUAUGUCGGCGUUGAAACGAGAACCAUCCUUUUUGCUGUUCCAUGACAGCUCUCACGACCAAUCGCAGUCUCUCCAAAUGACGAGAUCAAGCCUUCCACGCCCUAGAAUCGCUGAUCGCAAGGUCGCGCAGGUGACUGGCCUGCAUACUGCUCUUUAUCCUUACCUGACGCGUGAGACGUCGUAUUGCCUCAGAGAUACCUAGUUGCCACGAUGGACCCAAGGGCCCUAGCGACCAUAGCAUCGAACGACCGGCAAAUCAUCUCUAGGUAGUGUAAAAGCGCGUCAUCCAGUCUCCGGCUAGAGGGCUUUUGCAGAUUCGUGCAGGAAUGAAAGACUCAGUAUAGCCCAGCGAGCUCUGCACCUCGGCAGACAUUUGAGAUUCAUGACCACAAUACUCUCGACUAUAAUUCGGCUGGUAAUGCCCUUUUGACUGGCACUCAUUGCUCAUUGUAACCUUGACCCCAAGUCUGCAUACCUAUGGCAUUCGUAAAUCACCUACCCUACCCACCUACUGAGUCUCUGAAUACUCCGUGCGACCGUCGCUAUAGUGUGAUUCAUGGCCUUUACCCAGCGAGGGCGUCUCCCCAACCAGGCUGCCAACAACGCCGAAUGCAACAGUAAUAGCGACACUAACAGCAAUCAGAGCAACCCCAAUGGUGAUAGUGGCACAGCUGGCAAUGGCGGCCGAGACACAGGCAAGCGGCAGAGAUCUCGGAACGAGGAUAAUCCCCCAGCAGCCUGUGACCAGUGCAGGUCGAGAAAGGUGCGAUGUGAUCGCCAGCAGCCCGAGUGCUCUAACUGCCGAAAAGGUGGCGCCUUUUGUAGCUGGUCAAGCACGUUUAGGCGCGUGAACCACACCAAGCAGCUCAGGGAUGACUUCUCCAGCGUCAUGGACCGUCUUGAUGAGGUCCACCAGACAUUGAACCAGCUUGCCAGCCUGACGCGGGAUAUCGUGGCUCGGCCCUGCUGUCAUCGUGCUAGCCAUAGCCCCGGUGGCUGUGGAUCGCAUUGCCUCGCUACAGGUAGCAAUGGCCAUAGCAGUAUGAAUUUGGACCUGAAUUCGGCUAUCACCACUGCUAGUACUUCCCCCUCGGCAACGGCUGCUAUAGCUACCCUUCGUCAUGAUCUUCAGAGCAAUCAUGAUCUAACCCUCCCAAGCAGUAAUGACGCUAUUUUGGACAUCCUUGACGCCGAGUGUAACUUGCCCGACGGGGACCAUUCGUUGCAAAAUGGGUUGAGUCGUGAUCAUGACGGCGAACGUUCGAUAGACUCGCCAGCAUCGAUGUCCUUGUUCCAAGACGUCGCUGGGCAACUCACUGGCAUGAUUACCCAACUCGAUGGCAAAGUCGAGAUCCAUGGGCUUCAGGAAUCGGGCGUUCAAAGCACUCUGGUGCACUUGCGAAAUUCUUUCCCUUUCGAGUUACCUUGUCCCGACCCAGGUGUCAUCGACGACAAUCGCCCCGUCUCCACGCCGCCUCGCCUAAUGGUAGACCUCUUCAUCGAAAGCUUUCUCUGUAGUUUCAAUGCCUCCUUCCCUAUAUUUGACGAAGCCGAGCUUCGCCGUGCGGUAGACACGCAUUAUGCCGCGGAACGGCCGGUCGAUGACAGUCCAUGGGCACUUGUAUUUACAAAUAUCGUACUGCUGGGCCUGGGACUGGAAGCGCAAAUUACGAGCGUCUCUAAAUCUCACCCAAAAAGCAUGCACCAUGAACUCAUGUCUUCCUUUCUUCGCAACUGCGACCGCGCUAUUGCCAAUCUCGAUUCCUUCACACGCCCCUCAGUAGUCAAUAUCCAGGCCCUGCUGACUUUGGCUCUAGUCGGCAAGGAAUUCUACAAGAGUGCUGUCUUCGAGAGAGCCUUGCAAACUGCAUGUCACCUCGCCCGUAUCAUCGGAUUGCAUCGGGCAAAAACAUCUGAAAGCGGUAUGCCAGGGCUUGAGGGAGGCGAUAGAGAUCGUCUAUUUCGUGUCCUGUACGCCAUGGAUAAAUUUCGCACUUUUCAAAUUGGGCAGCCAUGUGACUUAUACAUCUUUGACUCGGAGAUAGAGCUUGACAACGUCGAGGGUGGCGAGCUACCAGGUACACGCCUCAGCUACGCAUUCAAUCAUAUUAUGCGCAUCUGGGAAGAGAUUUAUCUAAAUCUUUAUUCUACGCGAGCUUUUCAUGCGGGCGCGAAAGCCCGUGCGCAGCGAGUAUCGGCCAUGAGUAGCUUGACAUCAUCUUGGGCUCAACGCUACAGUGAUCUGCUGGAACCAGGAGAGGCGGGUUACGAUUUGAAGCUAGAGCCCCGCCGCUUCGAGAUCAACUAUUCUUACCAUAUUACUCAAGUUUUGAUACUCCGGUGCGAUUGGAGAAACCACGUACGGCGGCAAAUGCUUGAUCAUUCGCGAGCGUCCUUGAGAAUAAUUGCCAGCAUCGUUAACAUGCCAGUCACUACCCAAGGGCUAGCAUCUUUAGCGCGCAUGUUUCAGAACUACCCUGUUGCGUCGUUCACAGAAUUGGUCCUAUUCCAUUUACAAAAUCUGAGUAGAGGGGCGCCGCCGGAUGAGUCGAGAAGCGAUGAUGUCGAGCUUUUUCAAUACAUCAACCGUUCCAUCAAGCCUCUACAGCAUCCUGAUUUACCCCAAACAUACCUAAGCCGACUGACAGUGGGCAUAAAUUGGUUGCUACAAGUUCUCGAGACGAUAGGCGGUACCACGUUUAAGCCAAUUGAGAGGUUCGAUUAUCAAAUGCAGACUAUCCAUAGUGGCUUUGUUAACCCAGCGAGCUCUCGACCUUCUAGCCACUCUCCGUCGGCAAUUGCAAUUUCAACCGGCGCUGAAAGCUUUGGUCGCCUGCAACCUAGCCGCGGAUUCUCACUCUCGUCAUCAAUAUCGUCAGCCUCGGAAAAGGAGCAUCGACGUCCGCUUGGUGAAUGCGAGAUGACAUCCUUCGGCGCAUCCACCCCGGUGACUGACCCUAUGAGCGCACCUGUUGGGCAAGGUUCAUCGUCCGCUAGUAGCCUCUAUCUAGACAGAUCCCAGUUCGACUCUACUGUAAUGGGCGAACAGAGUUGGGACAUGGAUCUUUGGAAGGAGAUGUUCCCUUCAUGACAGCUCGGCCGGAUUCACAGUCAGGCCUUCCAUGCCCUAUAAACUCAUUCUUGCUACAGAGCAGAGCGCUAGAAAUUGCAAAUAGUUGAUAAUUAGCAAUAGAAUAAUUAUACCUAAAUGAAACUUA